AAGACCACGUUCUGCCUCUACAACUACCGCCAUGGCUCCGAAAGUGCAGAAGAAGGGCAAGACCGCUGCAAAGGGAGGCAGCAAGAAGAAGAAGACCACCCUCAAGUUCACUAUUGACUGCACCCUCCCUGUUGAGGAUGGCAUCAUGGAUGCUGGAAGCUAUGAGCGUUACCUCCAUGAACGCAUCAAGAUCCAAGGCAAGACCAACAAUCUUGAUGGCAAUGUGAGCAUUGAAAGGAACAAGUCUAAGGUCACUAUCAACUCCGAAGUGCCAUUCAGCAAGAGGUAUCUGAAGUACCUGACCAAGAAGUACUUGAAGAAGAACAACCUCCGUGAUUGGCUCCGAGUGGUCGCCAACCAGAAGGACAGCUACGAACUCCGCUACUUCCAGAUCAAUAACGAGGAGGAAGAAGACGAGGGAGAUGAUAAUUAAUCUAAUCAGCAGAAGGUUGAUCUAAUUGACAAUGUCCUGACUACCAUUCUGUGUACAUAAGUGCGACGGCCUUGUAUCCACCUUGGCUUGUAAAUUAUUUUGUACAGGGACAAAUAAAUGAUCGGAAGAGAAA